AUGGAAGGACCAGAACCAACUGAAAUUGUUCGUAUGUUUCAAAUGUUUGAUAAGAAUGGAGACGGAAAGAUCACAAAAAAGGAGCUUAGCGAUUCAUUAUCAACUCUGGGUAUUUUUAUCGACGAUAAAGAAUUAAAUCAAAUGGUUGAUAAAAUCGAUGUGAACGGAGAUGGUUUUGUAGAUAUCGAAGAAUUCGGGGCGUUGUAUCAAACAAUAAUGAACGAGAGGGACGAGGAAGAGGACAUGAAAGAGGCAUUUAACGUGUUCGAUCAAAACAUAGACGGGUUCAUAACGGAAGAGGAGUUGAGAUCAGUGCUGGCAUCGUUGGGGCUAAAGCAAGGAAGAACAAUCGAAGAUUGCAAGCAGAUGAUAAAGAAAGUGGAUGUGGAUGGAGAUGGAAUGGUUAAUUUCAAGGAAUUUAAGCAGAUGAUGAAAGGUGGUGGAUUUGCCGCUUUGAGUUAAGUUGAUAGAUGAUGGAAAA